AUGUCGGAUAAAGGGAGCAGCAUGGAGGGGAAGACGGACAUAGUGAAUGGCAGCUUGUCCAGCAGCCCGGAGGAGAUGUCAGCUGAGGAGGGCCGAGAAACCUCCUCCGGCAUUGAGGUGGAGGCCUCCGACCUCAGCCUGAGCCUCACGGGAGACGACGUGGGGCCUAACCGCACCAGCGCAGAGAGCCGGGACACAGACACGGAGAGCUCGGGGGAAGAGAAGGACUCUGACAGCAUGGAUGACACGGGCCACUACUCCAUAAACGAGGAGAACCGUGCCCUUGACCGGUCGCACUCGGAGGAGGAAGAGGAGGAGGAUGAAGAGGAGGAGCAGCGGUCCCACCGCCGCGCCCAACGCAAGCGUGCCAACCACGACCAAGACUCCUCUGAUGAUGAGCAGGCCCUGGAGGACUGGGUGUCCUCGGAGACCACGGCGCUGCCCCAGCCCCGCUGGCAGGCGGUCCAUGCCCUCCGGGAAAGGGAGCUGGGCUCCAGCGCCCGCUUCGUCUACGAGGCCUGCGGGGCCCGGGUCUUCGUGCAAAGGUUCCGCCUCCAGCACGGCCUGGAGGGCCACACGGGCUGCGUCAACACCCUGCACUUUAACCAGCGCGGCACAUGGCUGGCCAGCGGCAGCGACGACCUCAAAGUGGUGGUGUGGGACUGGGUCAGGAGGCAGCCGGUGCUGGAGUUCGAGAGCGGCCACAAGAGCAACGUCUUCCAGGCCAAGUUCCUCCCCAACAGCGGCGACUCCACUCUGGCUAUGUGUGCCCGGGACGGCCAGGUCCGGGUGGCUGAGCUCUCCGCCACCCAGUGCUGCAAAAACACCAAGCGCGUGGCACAGCACAAAGGAGCUUCGCACAAGCUGGCCCUAGAACCGGAUUCUCCAUGCACUUUCCUAUCAGCAGGUGAAGAUGCUGUAGUCUUCACCAUUGAUCUGAGACAAGACCGGCCCGCCUCGAAACUGGUUGUGACAAAGGAAAAGGAGAAGAAAGUGGGUCUGUACACCAUCUACGUGAACCCAGCCAACACCUACCAGUUUGCUGUGGGAGGCAGAGAUCAGUUUGUCAGGAUUUACGACCAACGGAAAAUAGAUGAGAAUGAGAACAACGGAGUAUUAAAGAAGUUCUGCCCUCACCACUUGGUGAACAGCGAGUCCAAAGCCAACAUCACCUGUCUCGUCUACAGCCACGAUGGCUCAGAGCUGUUGGCCAGCUACAACGAUGAAGACAUUUAUCUCUUCAACUCCUCUCACAGCGACGGAGCGGAGUACAUCAAGAGAUACAAGGGACAUCGCAAUAAUGCCACUGUGAAAGGUGUCAAUUUUUACGGCCCGAAAAGUGAGUUUGUGGUGAGCGGCAGCGAUUGCGGCCACAUCUUCCUGUGGGAGAAAUCAUCCUGCCAGAUCGUGCAGUUCAUGGAGGGCGACAAGGGAGGAGUGGUGAACUGCCUGGAGCCCCAUCCCCACCUCCCUGUCCUGGCCACCAGCGGCCUUGACCAUGACGUCAAGAUUUGGGCGCCCACAGCGGAGAAUCCCACCGAGCUGGCUGGCCUCAAGGAGGUGAUCAAGAAGAACAAGCUGGAACGGGACGAGGACAGCCUCCACCACACCGACAUGUUCGACAGCCACAUGCUCUGGUUCCUCAUAGCCACGCGACCCUCCAGAGCAGCUUUCAUCUCCAUCUGUUUAUGA